AUGCUUCGUUCCUCUUCCGCGCCUGCAUCGUCGUCGUCCGGUACCUCGUAUUCGUCCUCGCUAUCGAUAACGUCAUUCGUACAAUAUGGAUUCCUCGCUGCGCUAGCGUAUAUACUCGCCGGUGCGCCUUUGUCGUCGUUGCUUACUUCGAAUGCGGGUGGCGAUACGGUGUCGUCCAGCAGCGUUGGUGCGAGAGGUGGUGGUGAUGUAAAAGCCAACUUAGAGAAUUUGGUGAUUCCGGAGCGGAAUUUGAGUUGCGCAGCGCAUACAUACAAGGGUGUCUAUGUCCUGAGUCGGGAGCCGUUGGUGGUGUAUAUUGAGGGGUUUGUUGGUGAGGAGGAAGGGAAGGAGGUUGUUGCUUUGAGUAACCCCCACUUCACCCCCUCAACAGUAUGGACCUCCGGCACCGAAUCCUUCAAACCCGCGAUCCGCAACUCAGAGAAAGCACCCUUACCCCGCAGUCAAACAGUCAAAUGCAUCGAAGAGCGCGCCCGCGUGUUCCAAGGCUGGCGGCCCUACACUUUCAUCGAGAAACUCUGGAGCCAGAGAUAUGGCGUAGGAGGACACUACACAUACCACUACGACUGGAGCACUGCGACCAAGAAAAGCGGGCGCGUGAGUUCCUUCAUGGUGUAUCUGGAAGCAAAUUGUACGGGCGGAGGCACGCAUUUCCCGCGCUUGGAGAGGCCUGAGGAUAAGAGUUGGUGUCGGUUUAUCGAGUGUGGUGAAGAUGGGGCCGCGACUGUCUCCGCGGAUGGUGUUCGGCAAGAGGGAGGGCCCAAGGAGGAUCUUAGCAAAGGCAUCAUUUUCAAGCCGAUUGCGGGGAAUGCGGUGUUUUGGGAGAAUAUGCGGAGUGAUGGGACUGGAUAUGCGGAGAGUUGGCAUGCGGGGUUGCCAGUUACGAAGGGCGUCAAGAUUGGGCUCAAUAUCUGGAGUUGGUUGGCUGAGGGGUAUGUGCCAGCGGAUGAAGAUGCUUGA